UUUGGUGGUAGUUUUGGCUUCUUGUUGGCUUAUUAUCCACUGUCGCUGUUCUGCAUGUCCCCUGUUCGCCCUCGUCGCUUUGCACGAGAAGCUGGAGGGUUAACUGCAGUGCAGAAGAAAGACCAAAAAAAUUAGUAAAACCUCUUGCCAGCCGGCGGUCCAAAAUGAGUGUUCAACCAGCGCCCGGUGCGACUACCUACGCGGUAGCAUCGCUUUAUGUCGGCGACCUCAACCAAGAUGUCACGGAGGCUAUGCUCUUCGAGAAAUUCAGCACCGCUGGCCCUGUGCUAUCCAUUCGAGUGUGUCGUGAUGUGGCCUCUCGCCGCUCCCUUGGCUAUGCGUAUGUGAACUUCCAGAGCUCGUCAGAUGCUCUCACUGCUCUGUCUAACAUGAACUUUGAAGAGAUGAAAGGAAGGCCCAUGCGCAUAAUGUGGUCGCAGCGGGACCCAUCUUUGCGUCGCUCUGGCAAGAACAAUAUCUUUAUCAAAAACCUGGACAGAACCAUCGACAACCGCACCCUGCACGACACCUUCACAACGUUUGGGGCAAUCCUAUCCUGCAAAGUUGCCCAGGAUGAGAGCGGCACCUCGCGCGGUUAUGGCUUCGUCCAUUUCGAGACUGAGGAAGCUGCCAGAACUGCCAUUGAUCGUGUGGAUGGCAUGCUGCUCAAUGACCGCAAAGUGUUCGUCGGCCCGUUUGUGCCUCGCAAGGAGCGCAUGAAGAGCCGUGACAAUACCACCUUCACCAAUGUAUACAUCAAAAAUUUUGACGACGGGCUCACCGACGAAGGCCUACGCGAGCUCUUCUCUCAGUAUGGUACCAUCACAAGCUGCAAGGUCAUGCGGAAAGAGGAUGGUUCUUCGAAGGGGUUCGGCUUCUGCGCAUUCGAGGAUGCUUCACAUGCUGAUGCAGCUGUGAAAGAUCUUCACGAGAAGGAUCUGGGUGGAAACAAGGUCCUGUAUGUCUCCAGAGCCCAGAAACGAUCUGAGCGCGACCAUGAGCUGCAAAAGCUUUUCCACCAGAAGAAAGCCGAGCGCCAGAAGACGUAUCAAGGUGUCAACCUCUACAUCAAGAACCUUGAAGAAGACAUCAAUGAUGAGCAGCUACGACGGGAGUUCUCCGCCUAUGGAAGUAUCUCUUCUGCCAAGGUGAUGGUCGAUGACAAGGGAAUAAGCAAGGGAUUCGGCUUUGUUUGCUUUUCAUCACCUGAAGAGGCCACCAAGGCAGUGACGGAGAUGAACAACCGUAUGAUUGGCCGCAAGCCUCUGUAUGUGGCCCUGGCGCAGCGAAAGGAGGAGCGAAAGGCUCAGCUUCAGGCGACAAUGCUUAAUCGCUCCUUGCCGCAAACACAAAACCUGCCAAUGCCGGGUCAGCGGCUACCACACCCCUUCAUGUCACAGGUGUAUAUGGUGCCUCCGGGCGCCGGCCGUCAGCAGUUCAUUCCACAAACCAUGCGGCCAAGGGGAGCAAACUUCCGCAUGCAACCACCCUACCUGAUCGGCAACCCUAGCUACAUGCCGCCGCAGGUCACUGCACCCGCGACAUCGCGCGUAAACCGCCCGCGCAACAACCUCGGAGGACGAGCAAACGCACCUCAGCAGCGUAGCCAGAGCAAGCGCAGCUCGUUCCAGCCGGCGCAGCAGCAUGCGCGCCAUGCCCCCGCCAGCAUCCAGAAUGGCACCAUGGACGGUGCGUCGUCAGUCUCGAACUUGGACACGGAGAUGCUUGCACGGGCCACUCCGCAGGAGCAGAAGCAGAUCCUCGGCGAGCGACUCUUCCCGAAGGUGCACGCCAUUGACGCUGGCAACUCUGGAAAGAUCACAGGCAUGCUGCUGGAAAUAGAUAACUCUGAAAUCCUCCACAUGCUAGAAAAUCCCGAUUCGCUGGAGGCCAAGGUGGACGAAGCACGUGAUGUGCUCAGGGCUCACCAAAACAGCAGUAAUGGCAGCCGUGCAACCGACUCCCUCAGGGCAGCCAAGUGAUGGCCCUCCUCAGCCACCGCCGCCGCAUUGUACAGUGGCUCUCCAUCAGUUCUAGCUCGCGGUGACUGCGGACGAGCACACACAUAGCAGCAGAGGUCGCAGUCGUUCACGUCACACAAUGCACCUGGACACACCAAACAUGGGUACCUUCUCCAUCUCCGGUGCCAAUACUGCCACCGCUACAUCUACGUCUACCACCAUCCUGUCUCUUCGCUAUUUUCUUUACGAUUCUCUCCCAUUUUCUUUUAUUUUCCAUUGAAUUCUCUAUUUUCAAGACCAGAUUAACCCAUUGCGUCGGUCUCAGAGCCAGGGCAGAAAACCGUGUUGUGUUCUUCUAAAACAUACUCUACCAGAAUGGUGUGAAAUCCAUCCGUACUCCCAUAACCACUGUGCGAGAAAAUGAUACUAAUUUAUCAAAUCUG